UUGAUGAAAAUUAUAGAAUUCCAAUAUUCAUAUGGGAACAACUUUUUACCCAUCAAAAAGUUGCUUUAGAAUGGCUAAUUAAACUUCAUUUUCAAAAUAUAGGUGGUAUAAUUGGAGAUGAUAUGGGCUUAGGCAAGACCAUACAAGAGACCAAGACACAAUCUUUUACCAAAGAUUCUAUUAUGCAAAAUAAAGAAAGGCUAGAAGUGAUGGACAUUUCAUUCAUUUUCUCUAAAUAUAGUAGACUAAUAGGGCCUGUUUUGAUAGUUUGUCCUGUUACAUUGAUUCAUCAAUGGCUUCAAGAAUUCCAUUAUUGGUGGCCUUUUUUCAAAAUUUCAAUAUUACAUCAAUCAAGUUCAUGCAAAGAAGGAAACCGUAGUUCUAAGUCAAAAUGGCAACACUUGAUCAAAAAUGUGUUUGUUCACGGCGGAAUCCUGUUAACCACAUAUUCGAACCUGGUCUUACAUCGAGAAAUCCUGUGCCAACCUUGGUAUUACAUAUUUCUAGACGAAGGUCACAAAAUCAGGAAUCCGGAAUCGCAAGUCAGCAAGGCUACCAAAAUGAUUGCAGAUCAUGCCGAUCUAGAUUUCGGAGCUCGGCUUUACGAGAGUCAUCGCUUUAUUUUGACCGGCACCCCCAUGCAAAACGACUUGAAAGAAUUAUGGACGCUUUUCGAUUUCGUGUACCCCGGAAAGCUCGGAACCCUCAAAGCUUUUUCCGAUAACAUAGCGAACCCCAUUUUAUCCGGGGGUUAUGCUAGCGCCUCUCAGAUACAAAUGGCAACGGCUUAUAAAUGUGCAUGCGUAUUGAAGGACUCGAUAAGUCCUUAUCUCCUUCGAAGGACCAAGAACAACGUCGAUUUCAUACGCGAGAUCAAUAUUCCUAAUAAAAAUGAACAGGUACUGUUUUGCCAAAUCACCAAUUAUCAAAAGAGUGUAUACCAGGAAUACCUAUCGACGUUUGAUAUGGACGACAUAAUCAAAGGUCGGCUUAAGAUUUUCAAGGCCCUCAUAACGCUGAGGAAACUUUGCAACCACCCGGAUUUGGUUACCCGCGAAUACGUCGAGAAACACGAUGACCCCCACGAGCAAAUAUUAUCUGGCAGAAAAAACAGGACGAGCCAAUACGGAUAUUGGAAACGUUCAGGGAAAAUGAUUGUUUUGAAGGAGUUAUUGAAGAUGUGGCACAAGCAAGGCCACAAGGUGCUAAUAUUCUGCCAAACACGUCAAGUCCUUGACAUCGUCGAAAAAUUUGUUUUAACCAAAAAUUACACUUAUCUCAGACUUGAUGGAUCUUAUUCUAUUAAAUCCCGGCACGAGAUUGUGAAUCAAUUCAACGCUUCUCGGGAUAUUGACCCUAUCUCGAAUACAAACGAUGAUAUGAACGUAUUCGCCUUUUUACUCACGACCCGGGUAGGCGGAGUCGGCCUAAAUCUAACUUCAGCCAACAAAGUGGUUAUAUUCGACCCAGACUGGAAUCCCUGCGUGGACGGACAGGCUAAGGAAAGGUCAUGGCGAAUCGGUCAGACUCAGGACGUUUCCAUAUACAGACUUUUGCUUGCAGGGACCGUCGAGGAAAAGAUAUAUCACAGGCAGAUAUUCAAGCAAUACCUGACAAACAAGGUGCUCAAUAAUCCUAAGGUUAAUAAUCGGAUAGUGUUCAAGAUGAAUGACCUGAAGCAACUUUUUACCCUGACGGAGGCGAAAAAUGACUCCUCUAACGAUCUCAAUGAAAGUAAUAAAUCUAACUACAAUCUACAGGGUGGAUCCUUUUUUUUGAAUAGGAAAAAAUUGAGGGCGGCAAACAUGAAUAUCACCAUACAAAAUAAGGACGAUGAUAGAACCAAAAAUAUGGAAACUUCGACUGUUGAAAAUGGUGAAUCGAUUAACUUUCAAAAUAAUCGAGCAAAGGAUAUCUCUGAACCGCCACCACCCGAUGACAACGAGAACGCUCGUUUUAGGAAAAAAAGACGCUUUUACGCCAAAGUGGACGGGCAAGAAGUUGAGUUCCUGACCAAACGGGAACCUUAUAGAUAUGACUCUGGUGACGAGGCAACUAAAAAGAAGAGUCAACGAAAGAUCCUGAAAGAAGAGGACGAUUACGUUUUAAACGAAAUUCUUCGAAAUUCAUUCGUCACCGGGAACAUUUCGCACGAUUCCUUAUUGCGUUCCUCUACCAAUGACAAUAAAAUUUUGGGUCCAUUGGUGGUUGAGGAAGUUUCCGAUACCCUAACUAGGAACGCGGUCCAAAAAAUACGCGAAUCUAGGGUGACAUAUCACGCAACUUCCAAAUACGGCCAAGCGUUUUACAGGCAAAAGGCUGAGGGUAUCAGAGUCACUCCUCAAAAAAUGCCGGUGAUCAAGCAACCGUUAUUGACGCAAGAGGAGUUAUUUUAUUCCCAACUCGAUUCCCGUCCACUUAAAAGGAUGUCAUCAUUACCCACAAAGUCGCGCAACAUAUUCCGUGAUACCGCUUCUACGUCACACGAUUUCAAAGUUCCAGCUGCCACCAUCAAAAUAAAAGGAUCUGAUUGGUCUUCUCGUAAUUUACGUAAUAUAGAGAACGACGAUGAACCGAGUGAAGGUAUAUCUUCGGCCGCCAUCUUGAAAAGAAUAGCCCAAAGACACAACGAGGCCCAAUGAUAUAUAAUUGUUUUUCUAAAAACCCGACUUACAAUAGCAACUGUCGAUGGGUCAGUAAGAAGACACCCACCACUUUUAUUAUUAUUAAAAGAGAGGCUUUUAUAUUAAUUAAAACUUAGCCUAGUCAGGCCUUUGUUAUACAUACCUAAUUUAUAUCUUAUCUUAUAGACUAACCCUCACAGGUUUCCUCAUCUCCAAAUAACUAUGUACGUAUUGAGAAUAUUUGUUUUAUCAUGUAUUUUUAUACUUUAGCAAUUAUAUUUGUUUAGUCUUAAAUUUUGGAAAUUUGUUAAUUAAAUAUUUAGUCAAUAGUUUUAUGUUUCUACCUACCGCUCAUA